AUGGCAACUGCUACUAAUACGAAAGAAAUCCUUCUCGCUGUUGCUGGUUCUGGGGUUGUUUUAGUGGCUGCAGUCAAACUUAUCCGUUGCAUCUUUUCGGAAGAGAAAAAGGAUUAUCCUAAAGAUGUCGUUAUCUUAUUUCAACCACCUCAACAUCCGAAAACCUCGACCUUGUCUCCAUUUGCAGCCAAACUAGAGAUGUACCUUCGGAUGGCAAAGAUACCUUAUCAAAACGAGUAUUCCUUGAAGAUGUCACCGAAGCAUAAAACUCCGUGGAUCAUGUUCAACGGGCAGGUGAUCAGCGACACUCAGUUCAUUAUUGAAUUCCUAAACAAGAAAUUUGACAUUGAUCUUAGUAAACAUCUGACGUCAAAAGAGAAGGCAGUUGCUCAUGCUAUGCGGAAAAUGGCUGAAGAAAGUCUUUACUGGAUUUUCGCCUUGAGCCUGUGGGUACACGAUUACGACCGUUCUUUUAUACUGAAAAGGAUUUUAGUGAGCAAAUGCAUUUUAUGGAAAAUCAAGUCAGCAGUGAAACGACAGACUUAUUGCCAGGGUUACGGUCGACACACUCGGGAAGAAGUAGAGAAUCUCUGCAGGCGAGACUUACAGGCUUUGUCUGACCAAAUUGGCCGGAAUUUAUUCUUGAUGGGGAAUCAGCCUUGUGAAACUGAUUGCGCUAUAUUUGCACUGGUAGCAAUGUUGAGGAAUAUGCCGGAAAAUUCCUUCGUCACAAAAAUCAUGAAAGAUAACGUUUAUCCAAACUUGACUACUUACUAUGAAAAGAUGAAGAAAGCAUUUUGGCCGGAUUAUUAG